UGAAGAAAGAAAUAAGCAGACGAUGCAAGCGAUCUGUGUUCUACAGUGGACGUGUAGUAUUCUCUGAAAUGGUGAACAAAGGCUCUUCCCACAACAGGACUUCUUCUACUGCCAGAUUUCUCCCAAGAAAACGAUCCCCUUAUGCCAUCACACUAUACAUUAUCUCUCUCUUUGCUUUCUCCAUAUUCAUAUUUCAGUUCUAUACGAGGAGUAUGUUGGAGGAAGAUGAACAAAAAUCACAUUUUUCUGAAGAAAUUCAGUCUAAGCAGAUGCCCGAAGAACCACUUUGGGAUGCUCCUUUUAGCUUUGGUUUACAUCCAUGUGUCAAGCCUACUUCUAAAUAUACAGCUGCCCAACUAUCAGAGCACUAUAUUACUGUGCGAAGUAAUGGAGGAUUAAAUCAGAUGCGAACUGGUAUAUCUGACAUGGUGGCUGUUGCUCACAUCAUGAAUGCAACUCUAGUCAUUCCUCAACUAGAUAAGCGAUCAUUCUGGCAAGACUCUAGUACGUUUUCAGAUGUAUUUGAUGAACUUCAUUUCAUUGAAACCUUGAAAGGAGACAUCAGGAUUUUGAAGGAGCUCCCAAAGAAUUUAGAAACUGUUCCUCGGGCCCGGAAGCACUUCACUUCCUGGUCCGGUGUGGGUUACUAUGAAGAGCUGACACACUUAUGGAAGGAUUAUCUGGUAAUUCAUGUUGCAAAAUCGGAUUCACGACUUGCAAACAAUAAUCUGCCUCUUGAUAUCCAGAGGUUGAGAUGCCGUGCUUUAUAUCAUGCACUCCGCUUCUCUCCCCCAAUUGAGAGCCUAGGAAAGAAGCUGGUGGAGCGGCUGAGAACACGAGGAAGGAGAUAUAUUGCUCUUCAUCUGAGAUAUGAGAAAGACAUGCUGUCUUUUACUGGUUGUUCUUAUGGCCUGACUGAUAUGGAAUCUGAAGAGCUGAGAACUAUGAGGGAGACCACAAACCAUUGGAGGGUCAAAGAGAUAAACUCAACAGAGCAGCGAAUAGGAGGCUUUUGUCCACUAACUCCCAAGGAGGUUGGGAUAUUUCUUCGUGCUCUCGGUUAUCCUCCAUCAACAUUAAUUUAUAUUGCCGCUGGAGAAAUUUAUGGUGGUAAUACUCGCCUUUUGGAGCUUAUGUCCCGCUUCCCAAACAUAGUUCUCAAGGAAACACUUGCAACCCAGGAAGAAUUGAAAGCAUUCGCUAGUCAUGCAUCUCAAGCUGCAGCACUUGAUUACAUUAUCUCUGUGGAGAGUAAUGUGUUCGUCCCAUCAUAUUCUGGUAAUAUGGCAAGAUCUGUUGAGGGGCACCGCAGAUAUUUAGGCCACCGCAAGACUGUCACCCCUGACAGGAAAGGACUUGUCAAACUUUUUGAUAAGCUGGAAACUGGAGAGCUUAAAGAAGGAUCCUCAUUGUCAUUUCAUGUACGCCAGAUGCAUGAGAACAGGCAAGGAGCUCCAAGGAAAAGGAGAGGCCCGCAGCUGGGAAUUAAAGGCCGAGCACGUUUGAGGACCGAAGAAUCCUUUUAUGAAAAUCCAUACCCUGAAUGUAUAUGUAGUUCAAAAAGGCAACAUGAAAUGACAUAAAGCCAUGACAGUGCUAAUGUUUGGUGUUUUCUUCAUUUUGAGACUGAGGUACCCCUUGAUUAUUGUGAUUUCAUAUAAAUGAAAAGCUCUGGUAAUUGG